CUGGGAAAUGAAGCUCAGUCAGUCGUCCUGUGAUCGCGACGGAGUAUUCCAGGCGGAACGGCGUUGUGGAGCGAGCGUAGAGCGUAGUGCGCGUCUCCGCGGUUGGCCAGUGGUGACUCGAGUGUUUGUGGUUGUGCUGAUAGGGGUCCGGCGAUUCGCCGGGCGGCUUCUGCACCGUCUGCCCUCCAUCCGACGUCUCACCCGCGGUCUGCAGCAGCCACAGCGACGGCGCAGACGCCACACCUGCUGUCCCCUUAAGUCCAUGUUGUCGCCGGCUGCAGAGUCCUCCGAAGCGCUGGUGACCGACACCAAGAGAGCCGUCGCCACCCACUGACAGUUCCACCGCGGCCCCUCGAUGGGCGUGGCGGCGACGUACGCGGGCCGCGUGUUCCGCGGGGUGGCGUCGUGGCGCCGCAAGCCGACGCUGGUGGGCGCUCUGGCGCUGGUGGCGCUCGGCCUGCUGGGGCUGCACUACGGCGCCGGCGCCGGCUCGGGCCCGCCCCCGCAGCAGCAGCAGCAGCAGCAGCAGCAGCAGCAGCCGCCCCCGGCACAGGCCGCCGCCGCGCCGCCCCCACAGCACACGCAGCCGCCGCCCCCGGCGCCGCGGCCUCGCUCGCUGGCGCAGGUGGCGCCGCCGGCCGACGUCGGCGCGGGAAGCGUGCGCUUCGUGCAGGGCUCCAGGGCCGCCGCCGCCUCCGUCUCCGAGCCACCUCCGCCUCCACCCCCGCAGCUGCUGCAGCGUCUGCGCGACGUCGAGAUCAUCACCAGCCCGGCGCUGGUGCGCGAACAGCCGUCUCGCGAUGAGAUCGCAGCGCGACGCCUGGCCUCGGAGUCUGCGGCGCAGGUGGCGGCGGGCGGCGCUGACGCCGGCGUCGGCGUCGGCUUCGGCUCGCUGGCGGGGCGCCCGGCGGCCGUGGCGUCGACGGCGUCGCCCGUGUUCUCGGGGGCGGCGCUGUCGAGCGCCGACCAGCAGCAGCAGCUGUACCAGCUGGGCGUGCCCAUCGUCAACAUCGACCCCCAGCACCCCUACGUGCCGCCGCAUCGCCUGCUGCACCUCGACUUCAAGGGCGCCCCGCCCAAGGUGUCGUUCCUGAAGCUGCUGCUGCCGCUGGCUCGCCAGCUGGGCGCGACUGGCGUGCUGCUGGAGUGGGAGGACAUGUUCCCGUGGGAGGGCGCCCUGCGCCCGCUGGCCGCGGCCAACUGCUACUCGCCGCAGGAGGUGCAGGCGCUGCUGCGCGCCGCCGAGGCCUCGCAGCUGGAGGUGAUUCCGCUGGUGCAGACCUUCGGCCACGUCGAGUUCGCGCUCAAGCACCGCGAGUUCGAGGGCCUGCGAGAGGUGCCCGAGUCCGCACAGGCGCUCUGCCCCUCGCUCAACGCCUCGCUCGACUUCGUCGAGAAGCUCAUCGACCAGGUGAUGAAGGCGCACCAGGGCGCGCGCUACCUGCACAUCGGCUGCGACGAGGUGUUCCAGAUGGGCGAGUGCCCGCGCUGCCGCAGGCAGAUGCGCGACGCGCUCUUCCUGUCGCACGUGGCCCGCGUCGCCGGCCUGGUGCGCUCCAAGUACCCGUCCGUGACGCCCAUCAUCUGGGACGACAUGCUCAGGCACCUGUCGCCGCAGAGCCUCGACGAGGCGCGCAUCGGCGACCUCGUGGAGCCCAUGGUGUGGGUGUACGCGGAAGACGUGUACCGCUUCGUGCCGGUGAUGGUGUGGGACAAGUACGCGGCGGUGUUCCCGCGCGUGUGGGCCGCCAGCGCCUUCAAGGGCGCCUUCGGCGAGACACUGUACAUCCCUAACGUGAAGAGACACCUCGAGAAUAACCUGCGCUGGCUGGAAGUCAUGUCCGCGGAGGCGCCCAAGUUUCGCGGCGGCUUCUCCGGCAUCGCCAUCACCGGCUGGCAGAGGUACGACCACUACUCGGUGCUGUGCGAGCUGCUGCCGGCGGCGGUGCCGUCGCUGGCAGUCAACUUGCUGGCGACGUCGCGCGGCUUCUUCAACCAGUCGCUGCGGCACGACCUGCAGUCCAACCUGGGCUGCGCGCGCGCGCCCGUCGGCUCGCAGCACGACUACGUCGUAAACCUCAACUCGGACCCCUUCCUCUGGGAGAAGUUCGGCCGCUGCUUCUUUCCGGGCGCGCCCUUCUUCAAGCUCACCUACCGCCUGCACGCCGCCGAGAUUGAGGCCAAGGAGCUGCUUGAAAGCGUGCGGCACAACAAGGGCUGGAUGACGGAGUACAACGUGCGACACAACUUCUCGACGCCGCUGCGCGUGGACGAGCUGAUGGCUGAGCAGCCGCGAGUCUACCACACCGUGCUGUCGCUCGUCCGCUCCGCGCAGGACUCCCUGCAGGAUGUGUUCGACGGCUACACGAUCACGGAGUGGGUGGAGCAGCGGCUGUACCCGCUGGUGAGAGACCUGGAGCGGCUUCAGCAGGACGCAGUGGCGCUGAAGGCUGCACGCACGUGGCCGGCACGGCCGCUGCCGCCGCUACAAGACCUGCGCCGCCUCGGCAUCCCCCUGCCAGGAGACCCACCGCGGCCGCCCCAGCAGUAGCCGCUGCACUCGCGCCUUCACGCACAACCCAGCCUGCCGAGGCGAGGGCCGCCCAGCCUCGACACCUCUGAUGUGGUCUCAUAGCGCUGGCGAAUUCCGAGCCGCAACACAUCCACCUGCCGACACAUAAUCUGUUAAGCAGUCGUCUUCUGUCAAUGAUGAAGUGUACACGACAAAGCCACUUUCGUUUGGGGUGCCAUUCGUCUGUUUACAGUAGUGGCACAGUAUUUUUUUUUACAGUAACAAUUAAUAAUAUCAGUUAUCAACAAUUCUAGUAUUCCUCAGACUCACACUGUCCUCAUUUGACUAUAAUAGAAUUUUAGCUAUAGUUUUGAUAAAUUCCAAGUCUGAGUUCUCAUUAUAUCCUGAUGCUAUUGAAAACUGAACGAGUAUUGUACAUACUGGCUACACUCAAGGAAAGAUACCCGAUACCAUCCCAACGCUUUGCUCACUUUGUCAACCUCAUUACUUACUGUAACACAGUCCACCAGUGGGAAGCAAUCUGUGUUCUGCCUUUCACCAAAUUCUUUUCCUAAUUGCUGCUGCAUUUAUGUUCAAACAAGAACAAUGGAGCACUAUCAACUCACUAUCAUAUUUUACAACUACCUGCUUUCAUGAACCCUGUCAGCAACACACUGAAGCAGGUAUGUAAUAAAGAGUUCUGUGUGUCAGCAAUCUGUUCUUGAUAGAACUUUAUAUUUGCCUCCACCUAGUAAUAUGCAAAAAUGCGUUGUUAGCAUGGAACCAUUGACACUAGAAGCAGUAACAGCAGUUCCAGUGUACCAAGUGCAACGACUGCUUGAUGAUAUGAAGGAUUCAGAUCAGUAUUGAUCACAGAACAGCUGCAGAAAUACAUUCACUUGUUACAGAACUGCAAGAGGUGUCAAAACACUUCUCAUUGAUGCAUUCACAAAAGUUGUGAGAUAAAGUGAUGAGAAACCAAACCACAGGUGUAAAAAAGGAAGGAAAGAAACUGAAGGUAGAUGGAAAUGAAUUACUUUUUAUGUUAAUUUUUAUAUUUUUUAAGGUUAAAAAUUCUUACAUUUUCUAUGAUUAUUGGCAAUGAGAACAAUUCCCUCUUUUUCAGCUGACAUUUAAGCAAAUUGAUUGGUAGCAAUAGUCAUGUAUCUUGAAUAACAGAUAUUUUUUGUCACACAGAACACUGCUUGUUGGAUCACUUGCUGUAUUUUAUUCAGCUGAAAACGUUUGACUUAAAGCUGUUUGGCUUUUAAGCUAUUUAUUAAUAAAUUUAUAGCUUACAGUAACCUUCAUGUAAGAGGAAAUACGUCAAAAAGGUUCAAAACUCAUUUGAUAAUACUCAGUCAAGAAUUUUCAAAGUUGGUAGUGGAGACUGUUAGAACUUUAAUGAAAGUUAUAGGUAAUGAAAUUCAAAACACUGACAAAAUUAAGGAGACAAAAAAGUAGCUGUAUGUGUCAGAACUAUAAACGACAUGUAUGUUGCUGUAAAUGUUUACAAAGCUGAGAAAAUUCUAAUUCAGUGACAUACUUUAACAGUCUUAUAAGAAAAUGUGAAGUGGAACAACUUUGUAAACAUGUACCAUUUUGCAUUUGUUGAUGUUGACCUACAUGAAAAUGUAUUUUAUGAAUUCUGGUUUAUUGUGGGAGCAGAAUGAGAAAGUAUAGCCAAAAUGAUACGGACAUAACACUAUGUUGCAAUAUCUGAAUAUGACAUAAUUGUAAAUAAUGAUGUUAAAUAAUUAUUGGUAAGAGACUUUACUUUAUACAUUUGAAUUGGAACCCUGUGUCAGAUUUGGGGAAACACCACAACUAUGUAUGGUAUGAUAAAUUCAUGUUUUCCAUCUCUGAUUAGUAUUUACCAUGUAAAAGUAAGUGUUCACAUAUUUGUCAUUCCCAUUGGUUUAGCUGACUUGGCCAUCUGCAUGUCAUCAUUCUUAUACACACUGUGAGCCACUGAUCUCGUACAUUCAAAAGUCUCUAUCAGUAUUGCCUGAUGUUUCAAGAGACCUUCUGAUAUUUGUGUUGACUAAAUAAAAUGUUUUAUAGUUGUUUAUACUUAACAGGUCUGACUAUUUGGAGAAUAUGGAAUGGAUGUUGGAAAGAAUUAUUUUCAGUGAAUAUAUGUACAUAUAUGAGGAGUAUGAUAAUGUAAAUCAGUAUUUGCAAAUUAUUAAAUGUGCCUGUGGCUUUUAUUGCAGCCCUAGUACUGUUCGUGUUGUGUAGUGUUUGGCCACAUGUUGUGCAGCACCAACUGGGACCAACUGUAUAACAUUAUUUCUGACACAACGAACUCAAAAAAAGUGAUGGCACAUUGUUUAAGUUUUGCUGUUCUGUUUAACAGCUGCAAUGUAAAUAGCUUAAACUCGAUUAAGUGUUAGUCUGAGUGUGUUUACCCAAUGUGUUGUGUGAUUCUGGUUGUAAUUUGAAUGAACUAUUACAUCUUGAAACAGUAUCAGCUUCUAAAAUAAAUUUGAUGAUAGUUUGACACAGGAUAUUAUUGCUGUUUCAGAUAAAGAACAUUAAAGAAAGAAAGAAAGCUGUGUAAUAAUAAAAAUAUAUUGUUUAUUAUGUGAAGUAUAAGAUCUCCUUAGGGAGAAUGUAUGAAAGGACCUAUAUGACUGGAUCAAAAGGUAUUUAUAAUUCAUAGUUAUAAUGGCUGUUACAUAAACAGGAGGACAGUAUCUAGUUUAAUGAACACUGAAUGCUAAGGAGAGUGAAAUUUUAUUUUCAUCCUCUUUGCCUAUCCCACCCCCACAAAUCACUUAUAGUCUGUGUUAUUUUCUCAAAAUUCACAUUCCUCAAAUAUGCAUUGUUUUUAAAUGUGUUUUCUCUUUUUAAACAGUAUUUACUACAAGUACUUUAAAAUGCAGGACUGAUUAUGUUAAAUAGUUAUUCAUGUGGAAAUUGUUUUUAAAAUAAAAUACUCUGCAUUUUCA